AUGGGCAAAUCCAAGAAGGCGGGUUUCCGCGGUAAAAACAAGCAUUCCAAGCGCCCGGGUAGACUUGCGGCCUUGGCCAAGAAGAUAGAAGAGACAAAGGAGAUGCAGAGAAGAAUGCAGCCCUUCCGACUCUUGCCCUAUCACAACAUCCCCGGUCUCAACUUCAACGACCCGCGUCUCUUUACGAACCAGAGACAGGAAACUACUUGGUCAAAGCGAGACAAGGUUUUCAACAACGGCAGACUCAUCAUCUCUUUCCACUUCUUGGCCAGAUUCACAGUCGCUGAUAUUCAUGUCCAAGAGCUGUUGAACCGAAGAGUCUCGGGUGUCCACCGUUUCUUGCAGGAUUUCCGCGCUGGAUCACUGGUCUCUCCAACAUUUCAGAUCUCAGAAGCCAUGGCAAUUGGAUUGGCAAAGAAUUGCCCCGCCCUGAAGCAGGUACGCCUACUCGGAGCUUGCGAACUCACAGACAAAGCUAUUGCAGCUUUCCUUCAGUAUUGCACUUGUAUUGCCUUUCUUGAGAUUUCUGGAACCGAGGACCAGUCUGGAAACAUUCGCUGCCCCGGUGCUCUGCGUGCACUCGGAACCAUGAAGGGUCGGCGUUUCUUUACGCUCAACCACCUCCGCAAACUAGUAUUUUGCAACCAGUCAGACUUGGACAUCGAGACUUCCAAGGCUCUUACAGAGAGAUGCCCCGGCCUGGAACUUACAUACGGAAACACUAGACCUGAUCUUGGUGGUCUUCAGACUUUGCGUUUUGGUGACGUGGUGGCCAUCGACCACAUGACCGAUGACGAUCGAACUGGAUACCUCCCCGACACCAUGGAGUUUGAGGAGGUUAGCGCCCUCGUGGAUGGCCCACGCAAGACCAUCACCGAUGAGAUCAGCGGCCAGUUGGAUCGAAUGGUUCUGGACGACUGA